AUGGCACACGCACGUGAAGCCUGCCCCAGCGCCCGGGGCUCCGGGGACGGCGAGGUGGUCAGGUCCAGGAAGGUGGCGCUCAUCACCGGCAUCACGGGCCAGGAUGGUUCCUACUUGGCUGAGUUCCUGCUCGAGAAAGGCUAUGAGGUCCAUGGAAUUGUUCGACGAUCCAGCUCAUUCAACACAGGCCGAAUUGAACAUCUGUAUAAGAAUCCUCAGGCGCAUACUGAAGGAAACAUGAAGUUGCACUAUGGUGACCUCACUGACAGUACCUGCCUGGUAAAGAUCAUCAAUGAAGUAAAGCCCACUGAGAUCUACAACCUUGGUGCCCAGAGCCACGUCAAAAUUUCUUUUGACCUGGCUGAAUACACAGCAGAUGUUGAUGGUGUUGGCACUUUGCGGCUUCUAGAUGCUAUUAAAACCUGUGGUCUUAUCAACUCUGUGAAGUUCUACCAAGCCUCAACAAGCGAGCUUUAUGGGAAAGUACAAGAAAUUCCCCAGAAAGAGACCACCCCCUUCUAUCCUCGAUCACCCUAUGGGGCAGCAAAACUGUAUGCCUACUGGAUUGUGGUGAACUUCCGUGAAGCUUAUAAUCUUUUUGCAGUGAAUGGCAUUCUCUUCAAUCAUGAAAGUCCCCGAAGAGGAGCUAAUUUUGUUACUCGAAAAAUUAGUCGAUCUGUUGCAAAGAUUUACCUUGGACAACUGGAAUGCUUCAGUUUGGGAAAUCUGGAUGCCAAACGAGAUUGGGGUCAUGCCAAGGAUUAUGUCAAGGCAAUGUGGCUGAUGUUACAGAAUGAUGAGCCAGAGGACUUUGUCAUUGCCACUGGGGAAGUCCAUAGUGUCCGAGAAUUUGUAGAGAAAUCCUUCCUUCACAUUGGAAAAACCAUUGUGUGGGAAGGAAAGGAUGAAAAUGAAGUGGGCAGAUGUAAAGAGACCGGCAAGAUCCACGUGACUGUAGACCUCAAGUACUACAGACCCACUGAAGUGGACUUUCUGCAGGGUGACAGCUCCAAGGCCAAGCAGAAGCUCAGCUGGCAGCCCCAGGUCACAUUUGAUGAAUUGGUGCGUGAGAUGGUGGACGCAGACGUGGAACUCAUGAAGAACAACCCCAACGCCUGA